AUGCUACUACUCGUCUACUCCAGACACACGAACAAGGAUCAUGAAGCACUCGUCGCGUUAAUAUCAAGGGAAGAAAAAAUUGGAGAUCCUGCUCCAACCACCCCCGCCUUCACUCGCACUGUGUGCAAUGUCCCGAAUGCAGCCUUACCCAGCUCAGUAUUUGCUCUUCAUCCCAGUCUGUUUCCCUUCCCCAGACUGCCCCUACAUCCCCUGCCCUCUCCCUCUCCCUCCCCUAGCAAACAGCAAAACAGCUCCAGCUCCAACUCCAGCAAAAUGUCCAGCGACAGCAACGACCUCGCCCCUCCAUUCGGCUACCCCGUCCGCCGCAACGGCACCUGCUACGACACUGAAAACGACUGCGGUUCAACCUGGGGUCCCUACCGCGAAUGCUGUCCCAAGGGCGCCACCUGCGCCCCCGGGAACUGCUGCCACUCCGCCGCAGCAUGCGGCAACAUUCUCAAACUGGAUCCGCAUUGCGGGAAUACCUCGGCCAUUCUGUAUUAUGAGAAUGAUUACUUUUGUUGCUCGAGGGGGACAGAUGCGUUUGCGCGCGUGUCGAAUGGGUUCGUGGGCUGUACGGAUGAUGUUUCUACCUUGGGUUCGGAAUUUAGUUUGUUGUCGCCUGUUUCGACGACGAGUUCGUCUUCAUCUGCUACUGCGUCUGCUACGGUGACGUCACAUGCUGCAUCUACAUCGACAGCAGAUAGUAGCGCAUCAUCCUCGAUAUUAUCAUCAGCAACAGCUCAGCCUACAACUGCAUCUUCAAAUACGGAGAGCAAAACAAAUACAGGCGCCAUCGCAGGCGGGGUUGUAGGUGGUGUCGCUGGCUUAGCACUCAUUGUCUUCUUGAUCUGGUUCGUGAUCUCGAGAAGAAUACAGGCCGCACGAAGACAAGCAGAUGAUGAUAUGCCUUCUUCGACAUACUUUGGUUCUCGGAGCAAGAACCAUCAUCCGAGAGAGCUGGAAGGGGAUGCUGCUGCUCCGCCCGUUGCUGAGUUGGUGUCUGCUCCGCCGGUUUAUGAGUUGGGAUCACGACCUCCUGUGUACGAGUUGGGGUCGAGGCCGCCUGUUUUCGAGUUGGCGGGCGGUGUGGGUGAAGGGGGGAGGAUAUGA